AUGGCUACCGUCGUUAUCCAGUACCCUGUCGGUCACGAUUUCGAUGUCGAUUACUAUGUCAACACCCAUAUGCCUCUAGCCCACAAGAUCUGGGGUCCUCAAGGCCUUGUCAGUGGACAGGUCAUCAAGCUCGGGGGAGACAGCCCCUACCAAAUUUAUACUAUCAUCACAUGGGACAGCUUGGCUUCGUUCCAGAAGGCCAGCGUUUCAGAGGAGGCGAAGCAGAUUAAGGAUGAUGUGAAGAACUUCACUACUGCGACACCUACUGUUGUUAUUGGUGAGACUGUCGCCAAGGCUUAG